AAAAAGGAAAAAUAAGACUCCUAUUAAACUUAAACUUAAGCCUAUUACCCAAGUGAACAGGCCGGAUCCUCUAAUCGUUGAAACGGUUGAAAAGCAGUAUCCCGAAUUAUCUUUUCUACCUGAUAGUGGAGAAAAUAUUGAAUUUUAUCGAGUGGACAAUGGAAUUCCUUGCCCG